UUGUUGACCUUUGCCUGUCCAGAUGGACGAACAGAACCAAAAAAAAAAAAUGUUUGUUGUUGAUAAAAGCCGGACUGAAAUUUUAACGCUUGUAUUUUAUAUAGUAAAUACUAAAUUCAAUUGUAUCUUAUUUAAAGAUGAAUAUACCGUUCCCUGUAUUGUUUCCUCGAAUGGUUGACCCUAAAUGGUUUAACGCGGAUAGUCCUUGCGACGAAGAAGCAGAAUUGACUGUUUUAGAGCAUGCAAAUGAACAAUGGCUGAAUUCAGUUGGAAGACAAUUUGCUAAAAGAGCUCCUGUUGGAAAAACAGAUCAAGAACAAAUAGAGGAAGAAGCAGAGACUGAUGAAGAAGGAAACGAUGAUACAGAUGAGUCAGAUGAAUCUCAUGAUGAAGAUGAAGAGUUAAGGACUAGUUAUUCUCCAGCUCGGAAUAACAAUGAACUGGAGCCAGACUCUCUGGACGAUAUCCAAGAUGCGCCUAAUUUAAAUGCGUCUGAUCAAAGUGGUUUAUGGCCAUCUCCAUAGAUAUAAGAAAUGUAAUUAGUUAAAUAAACAUAUAUAGGUU